GGUACAGGCAGCCAGCAGACCGUUCUCCAUGAGGAGCAGUAGAAGAUGCCGGCUCUGCCAGCACUGCUGCUGUCAAUACACUUCCUCUUCCUCCUGCUAGUCACCAUGCCGCCACGCUCCCUCGGUCAGACCCCUGUGCUCUCCUCCGUCCGCAUGGCGGCGAUCCUAGAUGACCAGUCUGUGUGUGGGCGGGGGGAGCGGCUGGCGCUGUCCCUGGCCCGAGAGAACAUCAACAGCGCCAUGGAGGGUCCGGCCCGCGCCCGGGUGGAGGUGGACAUAUACGAGCUGCAAAAAGACUCCCAGUACGACACUACCGACACCAUGUGUCAGAUUCUACCCAAAGGCGUCGUCUCUGUGAUAGGUCCCGCCUCCAGCCCCGCCUCCGGCUCUACUGUCAGUCAUAUAUGUGGAGAGAAGGAGAUCCCUCAUGUAAAGAUUGGUCCGGAGGAAACUCCCCGCUUGCCGUACCUGCGAUUCGCCUCUGUCACGCUGUACCCUAGCAACGAGGACCUGAGUCUGGCCAUAGGAUCCAUCUUACGCUCGUUCAGUUACCCAUCAGCCAGCCUGGUGUGUGCCAAGGCUGAGUGCCUGCUGAGAUUGGAGGAACUGGUCCGCCGCUUCCUCAUCUCCCGGGAGACGCUGUCAAUCAGGAUGCUGGAUGACAACCUGGACCCUACGCCGCUGCUGAAGGAGAUCCGUGACGACAAAGUGGCCACCAUCAUCAUUGAUGCAAACGCUUCCGUGUCCUAUCUCAUCCUCAAGAAGCGUCUGCGUCCGGAUGCACGUCGCCGUGUUCUGUGUUUGUGCCAGCAGUGA